CACACCCUUUCCCUUGCCAUUCUCCCCUUCAGCUGCCACAGUAUCAGAUGUCUAAAGAGAAAUGUUAUACUGGCAAAGAUGGCGGCAACAGGUUGUUGAUUUCAGGGCAGAUGUGGCACCCUGACUCCACGUAGAAGCUUUAAGUGAAAAUCUACUCUAGCCUUUGAAAAAUACAAGGAUGACUUUCACACUGAAACAAUAGGUGGUGUUGUCCAGCUGCCACACCUGUUAACAAUCUGGCCACUAAUUGCUCUGUGAGCAGCUGUUGCUAAUGGUCUCCGUUAAGUACGACAUGGAGUGUCGAUAUAAAAGAGACACAAAGGGAUUUGUAAUAAGCUCAGAGGUUACUCUCAAAUCUAGUUAGUCCCACUGAGCAGCUUGUUUCAAACCAUAGCAUCUGAGGAGUACAGGGUGCUGCUUCUCAGCUAACAGCCAUGGCUCUUGGACUCCUUUUGCUGGUUUCCUGGAUUUCUUUUUUGUUAUUUGAUGACAGCACUGGUCUACCAGCUAUAAAAGGGUUUAGAUAUCAAUCUCAGAUUGACUCACGUAACCUAAUUGAUGAUGGAGAAGAUGAAGUGUUUACCUCACCUACACUGAGUAACAGGCGGGCUUCAAAUAACCAACCGACUGGUCCCGUAUACACGAGCUACAACAAGCCUCUAGUUGCACAACAGCCAGACCUGGUCCCAUCACGACAAAACCUACCAGAUUCAGCUAGUGUCCCUGAAGUAGAGAAACUUGUUAAUGGUGAGCCACGAGACUGGGGACUUGGAAACCUUGACAAACCACUCUCCUUUCCUUUAAACUUCAACUACCAGCCAAAUGAUCCAGCAAAGCCUCAGCCAGGCCCUGUCCAACCUCAAUCAUCACUUGACACACUGCCUGCUACUCGUUACGCUAGUGCAGCUGUCUACUACGAGCCUGCCCCAUCCUUCACCUCUGAGGCCGCAGAGUCUCCUAGCUUUGAGUCUUGGCAGCCUGAGCCAGUUAGUAGCGCUGCCUACAGCACAGCUGGAGGUGACUCGAGUAACGUUCCCCAUCUUGUCUACGAGAAUGUCUUUCACUAUCCCUCGGAGAAUACUGAGCCUUCUCAAAGUUAUGGCGCUGUCUCCAACAUAGCAGGAGGCUCUGGUCAAAUGACAGAGGGGUCUUCAAAUGGCGAUGCCUCCACACUAGCGGAACAGUCAUUCCCCAGUUAUCCAACUAAUGUAGGAGCCCAGCCUGUCUUUUCCUAUGGGAUGGGAAGCCCCUCUACUAGCAGAGAAGAGAACCUUAACUUUGGUCAAACAGACUACCAGCCACAUCAGCUCCCUUGGUAUCCCCAAAAACCACUUUUCACUCAAAAAGAUGAAUUUUCGCAGGGACUGAGUGAACUAAGCCGUCCUCGCCCACCUCUUUCAAGCCGCAUUGUCCAGUCCAGAAAUGGCUACAAGCGACGCAGUUAUCUUUUCAACAAAUCCAGGUACUCUCCAGAACUUGGACCUCAAAUGCCUGUAAGCUGGAAGGGUGUCGGCGGUCCUGCACCUAGUCGACCAGCUGCCCCAAAAGCUUAAAUGACCCUUAAAGAGCCAAGUGAUAAACAUGGAUAUUGUGUUGCAGAAUGAUGUGCCUGCUGGAGAAUUUCAAAAUAAAAGUUGUAACUAUUCUAA